AUGUCCUACCUUCCUCUCCCCCCACGCCAACUCUUCUAUGACGGCAAAGUUCAGUCUGCCUCGUCCGGCAAGACUUUUCAAUCCGUCAAUCCCUCCGACGCCACCCCGCUUGCCGAAAUUCAAGUUGCCUCUCAUUCUGAUAUUGAUGCAGCUAUAGCUGCUGCUGACCGGGUAUUUCCCUCCUGGUCACAAACCCCUCCUAUUGCUCGCGCACGUAUCCUCCAGAAGGCGUCUCUGAUACUCCGUGAACGAAAUGACGAAAUCGCUCGGGUCGAAUCUUUAGAUUCCGGGAAGGCUUUCACAGAGACCAGUACAGUGGAUGUUGUCACAGGUGCCGAUGUUCUAGAGUACUAUGCGAACCUUGUUGGGGGGGGUGGUCUGAACGGGGAGACCACUCAGCUGAGAGAAGACGCUUGGGUAUUCACUAAGAAGGCUCCUUUGGGAGUCUGCGCAGGAAUCGGUGCAUGGAAUUAUCCUAUCCAAAUUGCGCUCUGGAAAUCUGCCCCUUGUAUUGCUGCUGGAAACACCAUGGUCUACAAGCCCAGUGAGUUCACACCGCUUCAUGCGCAGACUCUGGCAGAGAUUUACAAGGAAGCUGGACUUCCUGAUGGUGUGUUCAACAUUGUUUAUGGCGCCGGUGAUGUUGGUGCUUACUUGACCUCCCACCCUACAAUUGCCAAGGUUUCCUUCACUGGCCAGGUGGCCACUGGAAUGAAGGUCGCCGGUUCCGCCGCUGGCAACAUGAAAUACGUUACCAUGGAACUUGGAGGGAAAAGCCCUCUGGUUAUCCUCCCUGAUGCAGAGCUUGAAAACGCCGUCGAUGGAGCUAUGAUGGCCAACUUCUAUAGUACCGGUCAGGUCUGUACCAAUGGCACCCGCGUGUUUGUGCCUUCUAGCAUGAAGGCAGCUUUUGAGAACCGCCUGCUCGAAAAGAUGCAGUACAUUCGCCCCGGCCCCUUGUUUGAUGAAGCUACCAACUUCGGUCCCUUGAGCUCCGCCAUCCAUCUUGAGAAGGUGAUUUCCUAUAUUCGUCAUGGUAUUGAGACGGACAAGGCCACCCUCCUUUAUGGCGGGCUUGGCAAGCCUCAAGUUUCAAAGGAGUUAGAGAACGGAUUCUGGGUCCGGCCCACAAUUUUCACUGAUUGCAAGGAUGACAUGCUUAUUGUCAAGGAAGAGAUAUUUGGCCCAGUAAUGUCGAUUUUGUACUACGAGACCAUUGAAGAAGCUGUCCGACGGGCCAACACUACCGAGCUUGGUCUAGCAGCAGGUGUCUUCACCAAAGACGUCAACUUGGCCCAUCGCAUUAUCGACCAACUCCAGGCGGGUAUCACAUGGGUGAAUACCUGGGGAGAAAGCCCGGCCGAAAUGGCUGUGGGUGGAUGGAAGAAGAGUGGUCUUGGCGUUGAGAACGGCCGUAGGGGUAUUGAAGCUUGGGUGAAGAACAAGAGCACCCUUGUCGACAUGAACGGUGCUGUCGCAACUGUAUUUGCUAAGCUCUAG